AACGUGUGGACCGUUAGCCAGGUGAGAUGGUGCUUUAUAAUGAACCCUCAGAGGGUCACAUGCUUGUCAACUCUACUCCCCAGGUUGGCAGCGUGCGGUGCUUCAGACUUCAGCCACUUGAAGCUCCUAACCAUCUUAUAGGAAUGGUACCACGUCCCUAUAAGGGUGGGCGGAGAGAGCACCAUCCAUAUGACUAGGGAGUACGGCCCACCAGAUGCAUCCCAACUACUUUGCCCCACUUGGUUACAGGCCCACGUGACUGGACCCGGCGAUAGGACUGUAUAAAGUAAUCAAUAUAAACAUAUUAAAAAAGCUAUAACAAGUCGAUGUGGGAUUUUUUCUUCCUUAAACCAAACCAAAUCAAAAGUUGUUCUUCUCAGUUAGUGUAAAAAUGAUGCUAUCCGACUCUCCACUCCUCAUCUCACUGCACAACAGAGUCAGAGAGACCAAAAACCUCUUUUUCCCUCUCGACCAAGGAACCCAAUCACCGGCGGCGGCGCAGUUGCUUCGUCCUCUAAGACCGUGAUUUAAAUCUGUAUAACAUUUUCUGUAUCGUAAAAUAGCAUAAAAUGCCUGAAGGUUUCCACUUAGAACGCCCUCUGUUCGCCGGUGCCUUAACUAGCACCUUCCCUCAAAGGUUCCAGGAGGUGUUUGUGGAUCCUUCCCGGGAUGAAAGUUUGAUCUUUGAGAUAUUAGAAUUGAAGGAAGAAGUUGGUGAUGAUGGAAGUGCUUCAUGGUUUCUUCAAGACCUUGCCUCUGAACAAGAAUCUGAAGGCUGCGUGGUGAUUGAACAGUCAGCAGUGACUUAGGCCCCUGGACUGUGCUAUAGGAGCACACCUGCUGUCAUUAUAACUGCAGUAGGCCAAAUGGCUAUCUCUAAGGGACGGCAAGGUAGGGAAGCACAAAAUGUUGUGAGGGUAAGUUAUUUCUCUUCUUUUUUAAAUCUAGUUUAGGAUUUUCUUUCCACCAGCUAAUAACGGUUUAGUGUUUCUGUGCUCUAUUAAUAUUUUAUUGUUAUCUUGUGGGUAUAUGUUGCAAAUGUUCGUCUUAAAGAAGUUAACACGGAUAUCCUAAUUUCUGCAUAUGAGCCGAUUCAUAUAAAUCCAUUGAGUGAAAGUGCUACCGCCGUCGGGGCUGGUGCUGCCACUCCUGCUGAGCUUUCUGGAUGUGUGCCAAUGCUUGAGGUCUUCAAACUUGCUGUCUCAACGUUUAAAGUCAACAACUGGGGCCUUUUUGGAAGUGUAUAGAUGAGUCAUAGGGCCAUGUAUAGAUUAUACAUGAAUAGGGUGGUUGUUUUGGAUUUAAUGAUUAUUUUUUGUUCAGAAAGAUUGUUGCCAGUCACCAAACUUAGUUUCUGUUGUCAUCUUCCAUUUUCUUUGAAUGUUGAACUGAAUGGCUUCUUGGUUUGGUGACUUUGGUCUCAGUCGUUUUUGUAGAGUCUGGAUUGUUAAAAUUACUUUCGGGUCGUCUUCCUCUCAUGCCCUCUCUGCACUGGAGAUGUUACUGUUUGUGUGCAGUUUUACACAAUAAAAAUAAACCCCUAGGGCUUUGUAAAUGAUAUCACUUCUUGUUUUUUUUUAACAAAAUUUUGUGUUUGAUAAAUUGACCAGAAUUUCAUUGAAUUAUAAAACUUUAAAACUUAAAACUUUUUGAAAGGACAGUUAGUGACCACAUUUUGGGUAAUUUUUUUUUCUUCUUUUUGUCAUGUAUUUUUUAACCUUUUAUUUUAAUUGAUUCAACAUGUACUUUUUAACUUGAUGAAAGCGCUUUAAGGCCACUCUGGUUAAAGAAAUAUAACUAAUUCGAUGUUAUAUAUAGUUUUUAGAAAAAUAAAAUUUAUCCUAAAUCUGCUUAAAUACAAUAGUAUAAGUGCCCUUUCAGAAAAAAAAAAAAAAAAAAAAAAAAACAAUAGUACAUAAUGCACAAUGUUAUUUAAUAAUCCCUUUACUUUAGUUAAAUAACAUCUCCAAUUAAAGGUUGGAAAUUGUUGGGAAUAAUUGUAUAUAAAAGUAUGUUAAGAGUGAGACUAGUAUAGUAACGCAUACUUAUUGAAUGGGAAGUGAAGCUGGUUCAAUAAGCAUGAUUAGCAGAAAAGGUAGUAGUACACCUAAAAAGAAUAAAGAAAUAUAAUUCUCUUAAUUUCUGUGGAACUGAUUAGUUUAUUGGUGCUCAUAUAGUCAUAUGUUAGACAUGGAAAACAAAGCACAGCAAUAUGUGUGUGUUGUCUUUAACACGUGGGAAAAGCCUUUGAUGUCCUUUGGUAACUAACAACCAUAUAAAAAAACUUGGAAACUAUGCAUUUGAUGUUCAUCUUCUUAAAGAGUUCUUCAGUAAGCAAGUUCAAUACUUCAACACUAAGCAGAGAAAGAGAAAAAGAAUGUACAAGUCGAAGCUGCGGGAGCUUUGCCACAAGAAUCAAUGGGGUUUACCAAAGUACACCUCUAUGAGAUAUGGGCCAGAUCAUAACCCUCUCUUUGGAGCCUCUGUUUGAGUCAAUGGCAUUUCUUUUGACUCUUUCGUCGUCUUCAAAUCCAACAAACAAGCCCAUAACCAUGGUGCCAUGCUUGCUUUUCUUCACUUCAAUUCUCCACCUCCUGGUUCACUUUCUUUCCUUCUUUCUUGUGUUAUAUAAUGGUUUGUCCCCAAUUAGUUUCUUUCAUUAAGCAUAUUGAUUCUUAUUCGAUUGUGUCAUCAAUGGCAUAGGCUGAACAUGCUGUUGCAACACCUAUGGUUGAAGAAAGCAACCAGAAUCUUGAUAUUCGAUCGAAUGUUUCUGGCUUGAAAAGUGGUAAGGAGCUUCAACUUAGUAAGUUUUUAAAAGCUUUCUUAAGCUAACUUGAUUUACCAUACUCAGAAACUACUCCAAAAAAAAAAUAAUGAUAAUAAUAAUUGCUUGUUAAGUUAAACAAUAGCUGAGAUUAUAAACCAUAUCAUUUUUUGAUGGUACUUCUUUGGCUAGUGAUGUAGAAACAUGUCUCUUAGAAGUAUCAUAUUGCUAUUAAAAGGUCAUAUGUACCUUUAUAUGUGGUGAAAGAUUGAUAUAGAAUAAAAAGGAUUGUAAAGAUUAUGCUGAAAUUUGUUGGCUGUAACAUCCUUUUGCUUUUCAUUAUGGUUUAGAUUCUUCAACAAUAAUCAAAACCAACAAGGGAGAACGAAGCAUCGAAGAAAAACUGGAGAUUCUCAAGAUGCAGUCAGAUGAUUUGGGCAUCAGUGUUGGUGAUGGUGAGGAGACUAAAGUCAAGAAGCAACUGCAGAAAUAUGCUAGACAGAGAAAUUUCGGUUUGCCAGUGUACUUUUGUGAAUGUGAUCAGUGUCCUGAGGCCACUCAGUUUAUGGCAACAGUUACAGUUGGUGACCAAAUUUUUGAGAGCUCUGGAUCCUUCAACACUUCGAAAGACGCUGAAAGUGAUACUGCAAAGGUUGCUUUAAUGUCUUUCUUAAUGGAAAACUUUCAAGAGGACGAGUCUCGAGUUUACAAGAAUCUCUUGCAAGAGCUAGUUCAGAGAGAAGAUUUAAGCACUCCAGUUUAUAAAACUAUAAAACGUGGUGAACCCCACAAGCCUAUUUUCUUUACUAGUGUGGAGCUGGAUGGAGAAAUAUUCCAUGGGAAAGCAGCAAAAUCCAAGAAACAAGCAGAGUUGGAUGCUGCAAGGGCUGCCUAUGUCGCUCUUCAGGAACGUGGAUCAAUUCAGAAUGUCAACUUCACUUCCUCUAGUUUAGGAGCACAUACUCCCAAAUCAACUUGGAGCUCUUGUGUGGCCUAUGACUUGGGGCAGAGUCUAAAACACCAAUGCAUUUUGGUUCCACAUCAACCUCAGAUUUAUGUUGAAGCUAAAGAGAAGUUUGGUACAUUAGCAGAUUCAGCAGAAACCACUGUAAGCACAAUGGAAGUGGACAACUCAUACCCUGCAAUAACAUCUCAUAUGGUAAAUUUGAGUUUAUAUUUUUUUUUUUUUUUGGUAAAUUGCGGCAUAAAUACUUAAUGUUUCAGAUUUUAUACACUUAAAUACUAAAUGUUUACAUGGGUUUUUUGCACUAUUUUUUGAUAGUUUUGAUACCUUUUACGACUUUUGUGCCUUUUUUGGCUUUUGUGCCAUUUUAUGGCUUGUCCCUAUUUGUUUAGGGUAAUUUUGUAGUUUGGUCAAUUGGCAAGAGAAGUGAUUUUGCUCAUGAUUUCUAUUUCAACGACUUGUUCUUUUUUGACAGAUAAGUAUUUUAAGUUUAAGUCCUUAUGUUAAAUAUGGAUUUUUUUACUAUUGUUAUUUCACAUUAUCUUUUCAUUAUAUUAAAUAUGAUUUCUAUUUCAACGACUUGUUCUUUUUUGACAGAUAAGUAUUUUAAGUUUAAGUCCUUAUAUUAAAUAUGGAUUUGUUUACUAUUGUUAUUUCACAUUAUCUUUUCGUUAUAUUGUGUAGUAAUAGAGUUUUAUUUUGUUAUUUUGUAGGUUAUUUUGUGGAGGGCACCUACAAUUACAGAGAAUUACUAAUAAUCCUAAUUUUAAACUUAAUUUGUUUGAUAUAAUUUUUCAACAUUUUUAUAUUAGGGUGCUAGUUUAUUUUUGGAAGCAAAAAUACCUAAUAUUACAAUUCUCUUACACCAUUACUAUCACUUCCGUUAACUCAUAAAUAUGGACACGUGGAUGGUUCAGAUGCA